AUGGCAGAGCAGACGGCAAACCAAGAGCGGCAUGGCCUAUUCCAAAGGCUUAAACCAUGUUGUGUCAAGAUUAGCCAACUGGCUAUCCAAGAGACGGGGUCGGCCGACGCCACUCGUGAGCUCCUACAUCUUACUGCCCAGGUCCUAGACAUUCUGGAUGGCCAGAUUCAAAAGAGCCCAUCAGCCUUGGAUGACAAGUUAGCUGAAUAUGUCUUCUUUCCGCUUUACCACAUUUUUCGUCGAUUGGAGCAUUACCCUGCCCGUCUCACCGAGAAUUGUGUCAAAUGUCUUCAGUUACUCAUCAUAAAUGGUUGGAAGAGCAAGAUUUCGUGCAAGCUGGUCCAACAAAUAUUCAGCUUCCUUACUUUCAUCAUCGACGGCGUUCCUGGAUUGCCAAACAAGGACCGACAUGUCCCGGAAGAACUGCAGCUGGAAGCUUUUCGGACGCAACUGGCCCUGCUUACCACAGCAGGUCAAUCCGCUGUCGCCAUGUCUGGACUGACGGAAGGAGACAGUAUGCCAGCGUUGGGCCACGGAGUUACUGUCAUGCUUGAUGGUGCUGUAGAUGGCAUUACGCCACAAAUCCAACUCGAAGCGUUAGGCGUACUGCAAGCACUUUACACCUUGUUGCGGGAUCAGGCAGCCCUAGCCAACUUUCUCCCGGGCACCGUUUCUUCUUUGGUCAAGUUGCUGUCAUCUCCGAACAGGCAUAAAGCUAUGGUUCUGGCAAAAGGCCUGGACGUUGUGCAGACCGUCCUUACUGGAGUGCUAGGAGAUAUGCAAACACGGUCCAUUCUUGCGAAAGGCGGCGAGGAGGAUGAGACGCAGUCCAAGCCCCCUGACGCAACCAAACCAUUGACACCUGCAUGGGUAAAGGCAACAACAGCUCAAGUCAAAGUUGCAUUAUCCAGCAUGAUGAAGUUGCGCAAGCAUUCUUCGCAGGCAGUUCUGGAUGCCCUCGAUAGGCUCUGCGUUUCGCUUCUGGAUGAGUGCCACAACUCCCUGGCCAAUUGCACCACGCUACUAAUCGAGACGGCUAUAGUACUAGAUAAAGGGGAGAAUUCCUCAACACCUUCCCUAUCCAUGCAGACUGAUUUAAGACAUCUAGUCAUCAUAUACCCUGAACUUGGCAAUGCUGUCAAGACAGCUGUCUAUAGCUGGAUGUCUAGCCUGGCCCGUAUAGUGCAACUCGGAAAUGAAGAGAUCAAGAUAACCGCCAUACAUAACUUAUCCAAAGGAAUUGAAUUAUUUCGGAGCUCGGGGAUAGAAUCUUCGACUCUGGAGGACUCCAUGGGCAGCGCUCUGCGCGACAGCAUUGUUUCUCUUGUCCAAUCUUCAAAGCAAACACAACCAGUCACUUACUUGCAAUUGUUAGAUGGGUCACAAAAUCAGCGGGAAUCAGUCACUGGGCAGUCCUUUGAACCAGUGCUCAUGGCAAGCGAAAGUCAGCGGACACUCAGACGAGAAGUUGACAAUUUAAUCAGCCACAUUGCCUCAACUUCAGUUGCGUGUAAUAUCGCCGCUAACAUGAUGGAUAAUGCGCGAGAUUCAGAAUCGACAGACAGAAUCGCAUCUCUGUGGCUCUGCUUCGAGCUAGUAAAGGCGUCCCAUGGCUUGAACGCGGAUUCGGCAGCGUUCCUGGACCUUUCUGCGGUCACCACCUCCUCAGAUGACACAGGACCGAUUUUUGAGGAUCUAUUCUCUUACUCUGUACAAAUUCUUGAGUCUCACGCAGAUUCAGACCAUGCGGACUGGCAGCUAGAAGCCAUUUCGCUAGAGGUGGCAGCCUACGCUGCACAGAGACGCGGAAUAUCAUUCCGACCUGACCUGAUGGACGUAUUAUUUCCCGUAGCAACGUUCCUGGGAUCAGAGAAUCCGCUUCUGCAACAACACGCAAUUGCUUCUCUGAAUAGCAUAGCACUUGCCUGCCAAUACGCCAGCGUAUCGGAACUAAUAAUAGACAAUGUCGAUUACAUGGUCAACUCCGUCGCCCUCCGCCUCAACUCACUGGAUAUCUCGCCCGCAUCAAUGCAAGUCCUCAUGAUGAUGAUCCGACUCUCCGGACCCAAGCUAAUUCCAUACUUGAACGAUGUCGUCGAGUCCAUUUUUGCUGCGCUGGAAAACUACCACGGAUAUGUUCUCCUCGCGGAAAACCUGUUCUCUGUCCUCAAGGAAAUUGUCGAUCAAGCAUCAGCCAUCAAUGAGCGGUUAUUAACCGACGGCGAGAGAAAAAUCAUCAACCACAAAAAAAAGCCACGUCCAAUCCUCGGUCUGGAUGCCCUUCUCGACGAGCUGGAUAGGCGACAGAAAAGACGCAUUCGAGACGACGAGGAAGCGAAGUCAUUUACACAAAUAAAGGGCCACCCCAAAGAACCAUGGAAGUCCCAUCCCGAACAAGAAGAAGAAGAAAAGGGGGAGGAUGACGAAGAAGGCCAUCCACCCCCCGAGCCCGAAAAACGGGCCAAUUCGCCGACGUACCAGCUCCUUCUGAGGAUCGCCUCCCUGACCCAACACUACCUCACUUCCCCAACGCCCCGACUCCGCCGCUCACUCCUGGAACUCCUUACCACCGCAUCACCUGUCCUCUCAGGCGACGAAGACUCCUUCCUGCCACUCAUAAACUCCAUCUGGCCAAUGGUCAUAGAGCGCCUUCGCGACCCAGAGCCCUUCAUCAGGAUUGAAGCUUGCCGCACGCUGGUCAGUCUCUGCCGCGCAGCAGGAGACUUUCUCAGCACACGGUUCAAAACCGAAUGGGGUGAAUGGCUGCGCGACUGGUGUCGAAAGAUGAAAGUCAAUGCUGAAGGGCGCAAAGCCUCGAGUCGCCCGCGUAUUCCCGAAAAGGGGCAAGGCAUCAUGAUUCCAGUUCGCACUGGAAACGGGAUAGAAGUCAAAGGACUUGAGGUAAACUCAAGGCCCGGUUCAUCGUCGGGGAGUCUGGGACAGCACGCUUCGCCAGUAAAGAUGUGGGAAGCGGUCGUGAUGUUGCUGACGGCAGUAGUGGAAUAUGUCCGUGUUGACGACGCCAUGUUUGAGGACAUCCUGGAUAUUUUGGCGGAUGUAAUGGAGAGUAACAAGGAGGUGAGGGAGGCUUUGGAAGUUGUCAACGCGGAUGCCGUGUGGUUGGUGAGGUAUGAGAAGGGGAGGGUAGACUUGCUACCUGCGCCGGUUGUGGACGGUUUCGAAUUUGUAGAGAUGGAGCGACUCCCUCGGUCCUGA